AGACGGUUAGUGGAACGCCGACGACAACCGUGUGAAGACCCGAACAAAAUGGCAAUGGCCAUCUCCCAGCUCGGUUUCAUCUUCGCACACGCCUCUCCCCAUUUUAAAGCAUGGCAUUCGUGUCAUUCUGGCCAUCCUCUGAGGGCUUUUGAGUCUGCCGUCCUCCUAUAAGUAAGCCUCGAGACUUCAACCAUGGGCAUUAGCAACAGUCGUCCUCCUCCUCCCUAGCGUUAUUCAAGCUCGUACUACAGUGCUAAGCUAGCACAAGAAAGAUUUGGUGUGGCUUUCUUGCUUUGUGACCGCUAAAGAGAGCCCAAAAGCUGCACUGUACACAAGGGAGAAUAUGAGCGAAGGUGGUGUGAGUCCUGUGGAAGAGAAGAUGCUGUUCCCCUCACCCGUAGCGUCCGAACUCUGCUCUCGAAUGCCUCAAGCGUCGGUAGGCGAGACAAGAACGCGGCGGAGGAGGAGGAAGGCGAAGGGAGACGGAGCGGGAGGAGACGCGAAGAAGAAGCGGCUGAGCGACGAGCAGCUGAAGUUCUUGGAGAUGAGCUUCCAGGACGAGAGGAAGCUGGAGUCGGGGAGGAAGGUCAACCUCGCUACCGAGCUCGGGCUCGACCCGAAGCAGGUGGCCGUCUGGUUUCAGAACCGGCGGGCGCGGCACAAGAACAAGCAGGUGGAGGAGGCCUACGCCAAGCUCAAGAUGGCUCACGACGCCGUCGUCUUCGACAAAUGCCACCUCGAGAACGAGGUGUUCAAACUGAAGGGGAAGCUUUUGGAAGCCGAAGCGGAGAUAAGGAAGCUCUCGUUGGGCGCCAGCGGGGCUGGAGCUUCCGGCAGCAACGCCGAGAGAGGCGGCAGCAGCCCGAGCUCAUCCCUGUCAACUGUUAGCCACCAUCCAUUAGUCGGAGAGUUUGGGGUGGAAGGAGAAGCUGACCUCAUGAACAUACAAGAGUAUAACUUCAACAGCUACAUGAUGGAGUGGGCUAAUUUCUAUGGUGUGUAAAAGUUAUUGCCAUUGUUGUCAUGAUUUAUGUGAUUAAUCCUCACCAGUUAAGGCUCUUCCACUGAAUCAUUCUCCUCACUGACAUCAACAAGAAUUUGUAGCUGUUAAGUAAAGCUGCUGUAGGAAUCUAAUCUUAUGUGUAAAAGGGAUUGUGUUCUAAGUGUUCAGUUUUGUGAGCCUUCUUAUUGUGGUCACAAACACAUCAGGUGGCAAAAGAGGUUUUAAUCUCACCAGAAGAGCAAUUUUGUAGUUCCAACACAGGAGAACUCUCCUGUAAUACAUAUAACCAAUAACUGGGAGUAAGCUUGUAGCAUUUAUUUGGUG